GAAUAUGGUUAUUCAAAACACAUAAACAUAGAAGUUGAUAUGUAGACAGUGGAAAAGAAACUCUCUCUCCUCUCUCUGUUCUCUCCUUCAUAUCUUUCAAAGAGAGAUCAAGAUGAGAGUCGGUGACUUUGUUUGACCGUCAAUCCGUUAUGGCGAUCGACUUUCCGUCCGUCGGGACCUUUUCCGACAACCGUUAGCUUCGUCAGGGAUGGUUGGUCGGCUUUCGACUCUGGGGCUCAUCUUUUCUCAAGUUGAAGUCGCCGGUUUUUGACUCUGGCGAGCCACCUUCUUCUCUGGUGGUUUCGGUCAGUUUGGUUCCGAGUUUAUCUCGGAUUUCGUCUUGAUAGUUCUUCGCUUCUGGUUUUCGAUCCUUUCUGCUUUUAAUCCUCUUGUGAUUGAACGCAUGCAAUCGGAUCUCUUUUUCAAGUGAAGAUGUUUUUUUAUCGACAGUGUUUGUGGCUUUUAGAUCUGGCAGUUCUGUUCUCAAUUGAGCUUUCUUCAGCUUAUGGACUUUCGGGGAUUUUGGAAUCUCCGUCGAAGUUCUUCUCUGUUGACGGUGCGUUGAUUCCCUCUUGUCGGCCGCGGCGGUUCUAACAACGGGUUCCUGUUUCCGGUGCGCUUCCGGUGGAACACGCCAGUUAGAGCUUCUGUCGGUGACUUUUCGGCGAAGAUCGGUGGCUUCUUGACCUUAGGGCACGUGUCCCUCACACGCUAACUUGGUAAUGCGUGGAAAAAAGGCGAGUCGACUCACCGGUCUCCUUUCGGGCCAAUUUUGAAUUAGGCUUCUAGUGAGCCUCGUGGUCUUUAUGUUCGCAUGUCUUUGGGCGUUAUUUUGUAAUGGUUAUUUUGCCCUCUUUCUUGAGCCUACUUUGUAAUUUUGACCUUGUUUAGUAAAUACCCAGUGACAAGAAAAAAAAAAUUGAUAUGUAGACUCGAAAAAGUUGAUAUAUAAAUUGGACAAAUCUAUCAAAAAACCUAAAAAUGUAUUUUCACCAAAAGAACAUACGAGAAAAAGGACUAAAUGAUUUAUUAAAAAGGUAAUAUGUACAUUUUAUCUGUAUAUAUAUAAAUAUAAAAAAUAUCUAAAUUAAAAAUAAACCUUUUCAAUAUUAAGUUAUUUUUAUAAUUUUAAAAUUUUAGAUUUUUUGGAUAUCCAUUUGGAUUUGAUCGGAUAAAAUCCAUAACCCGAAAUAUCACAGUGAAUCGGUUUGAUAUAGAUUUUCAGAUUCCGUUUAUUUGUUCGACCAUAAAAAACAAUCCAAAAUUUACAUUGUGAUCGCUUUACCAUCUAUGUAAACAUUUAUGUGUAACGUUUAUUUUACAGAAAACCCUAUAUUAAUGUAGAGAAUAUCUUGGAAGUGAGCCACCAUUUUAAAGAAUUUCUAAACCUAAUUAUUUUCGCUUGUUGCCAAAGAAAAAAGAGAACAAAAUCUUUUCACCUCGAAGACAUGAUCGGAUAGUAAUAAAAAUAGUAAAAUCAUCCGACCAAAUCAGUAUGGUGGAUCAUACGUAUCUGUUGCAGACUUAUCUUGCCAUUUUUAAACCGUAGCUUUGAUCUAGAGAGAAGGCUUUCUUUUUUUGUAUAUAAACUGUGUUAUGCCCUUCUCCUUCUCCACCAAACACACUCUCUCUCACACACAGAGGAAGAAAAUGAGCAACCUUCAAACUGUGUCGAAGCAACAGGAGCCAUGGUGUGAACUUAAAGACAAAGUGGUUCUCGUGACAGGAGCUUCCUCUGGUAUAGGAAGAGAGAUCUGUCUUGAUCUAGCCAAAGCUGGCUGCAAGAUUAUUGCAGCAGCUCGUCGUGUCGAUCGUCUCAAAUCUCUCUGCUCCGAAAUCAACACAACCGGAGUCCAAGCCGCUGCCCUUGAGCUAGACGUUUCAUCAGACGCAGCCACCAUUCAACAAGCGGUUAAAGAAGCUUGGGAAGCCUUUGGAAAGAUCGACGCGUUGGUCAACAAUGCCGGAAUCAGAGGCACUGUCAAGUCUAGUUUGGAUCUGUCAGAAAACGAAUGGGACAAAGUCUUUAAAACCAACUUAACAGGAGCUUGGUUAGUAUCCAAAUACGUAUGCAUUUUAAUGCGUGACGCUAAAGACCGUGGUGGCUCGGUGAUAAACAUUUCAUCCAUCUCGGGGCUCCACCGCGGUGUAGUUCCUGGUGGAAUCGCGUAUGCAACUUCCAAAGGCGGUGUUGACACCAUGACAAGGGUGAUGGCUAUUGAGUUAGGUGUUUACAAUAUCAGAGUGAAUUCUAUAGCACCGGGGCUUUUGGAGUCAGAGAUGACACAAGGUCUUAUGAAGAAAAAAUGGCUCAAGAAUGUGACCGAGCGGACUAUCCCGUUAAAGGUGCAACAGACCGUGGAUCCGGGGAUUACCUCGCUGGUUCGCUAUCUAAUUCACGACUCUUCUCAAUAUGUCUCCGGCAAUAUUUACAUUCUUGAUUCCGGAGCUACAGUGCCCGGCCUGCCCAUUUUUUCUUCUCUUUGAAAUCUCAACCACAAAAUCUUUAGUCUGUGUUUUUUUUUGUUAUAAUAAGUGAAA